CUUGACGGACCAGAACUGACCGCAGUACCCGACCAUGUGCAGCGGCGGGGAUGAGGGUUGCUGCCGGUUCCGCGGCGGAUGCGUCCACUGCCUUGGUUGGACCCUGAUCGUGCUCGGCGUCGUUGGCGCCGUCCUGGCCGUAGUCCUGGACGCCUUGUACGCGCAGUACUUCUUUGCACCAAUCACAAUGAUCAACGGGCCCAUCUGGGGCGGCGUUUUUGUGAUAGUCACCGGAGGACUUGCUGUGUGUAGCGGAAGAAACCCGGAGAAGAAGGGCAAAAUGGUUGCCGCUCUAGUUCUGAGUAUUUUCGCCACCAUGGCCGCCAUGUGCAUCUGGAUCUUGGCCCUGCUCGGCAUGCUUAUAGACGGACCCCAAUGUGGAUUCUUCCGCAGAGGUCCGGAUCGAUGGUUUAGCGGUUAUUUAUACAGUUGGUAUGGGUUGGAGGAAGAAGACGAUUGGAAAAACAUCGACUGCACACCAGCAUAUGCACUGCAUGCCCUGCUGAUCGUCAUCGGACUGCUAGAGGUCGCUCUUGCACUGGCCGUGUCCAUCAUGAGCUGCUGUGGGACCUGCUGCGCUCCCCGAAAUGAAACCCAGGGCGCCGCGUACACGUCAGAUGGACAGCAGGUCAUCAUCAUCCAGGGCGGAGCCGGUCCGGGACAGCCAUCUCCCCAGCCCGGUCAGAAGCCCUACCCGGUACAGCAAUUACCUACUGGACAACAGCAGCUAUACCCUGGACAGCAACCACCCUACCCGGUACAGCCUUCUCCUGGACAGCAACCACCCUACCCUGGGCAGCCGAUCCCCGGACAGCAGCCGCCCUACCCUGGACAGCAACCAUCUUACCCGGUACAGCCAGCCCCAGGACAGCAACCAUACCCGGUACAGCAACAGGUGCCCUAUCCGGUACAACCUCAGAUGCAGUACAGUGCCCCUCCGCCAGACCAGAGCGGCGCUGUUCCAUCGGCGCCCGCACCAAGCUACGACGACGCUGUGAAGGGCGAGAAGAUAUGAACAGAACCCAGGAGACCGUAGUUAAUACUUUUAGUGCUAACAAGAUGUGUGUGUUUUAAAGGCUUUCUUCUCCAUUUGCAAUGGAGACUGACUAUGAAUACGGCAGCUACAUAUACUUAUUUGCUUUUAUGGCAUCAUUUUACACGAGAUGCACUAAUGUCAAUGAAUAUACAAAAUUGAUACUCAAUUGAUAUUCAAUAUGUGACGGCACAAUUAAGUGUAAUGUUUACGUAAGUGACAGCUAGCAACAGCCAUGAUAUAGGAAUUGAAAAAAAAAAACAGAAAGCCAAAAGGUGAAAAGACAAUGUAGUUCACAUGCGCCUCAAAAUGCCAAAAUGCUAUCUUGCAAUUAUGUGUACUGAAUCCAGUAGGAAUUUCCUCAAUUUCGAGGAAGGGAUUCCUCAUCAAAAAGGACUAUAACUUCGGCAAUGUUAUCCACUAUUCCAAAAUCAGGAACUUUUCCUCUACAACUACAACGUUACCUCAAAAACUACAACGUUACCUCUAUAACUUAAGACUUGCCCAUAGAAUUGAUGUUGGUAGGGACAGCAUGGAACCCUCAAGUAAUGUAUCAGAUUCUAACAAGAAGUCUUGCAUGACUUGAUGUGUACCUAAAGUGAAACUUUAUUUGCGUGGCAG